AUGACUACACGCUACCCCCUACGUACGACCCGCACUCGUGUCGCUCUGGCACGGGUAACUCAAAAGGCAGCUCCACCCGCCAAAAAAGUGUCUGCUCAGUCAGACUCGGAGACUCAUUCAGAGUCUCUAGACCCCCUUCCGGAUAAUGGAUAUACAUCCGCCCCGGCCACCCCUGCUAUCGAGCGUUCUUACGCCGAUGCAGCUAAUUUACUCGAAUUGAACCAGCUCGGCGCUGGAAAAAAGGAUAACGGUGGGAACACCACAUCCGGAACUGACGAGGGACCUUGGGAAACAGUCGCUCGUCGCCACUGCAGGAGUCCUGCUUCUAGCGGGAAACAGUCUGGCCAGACUAAAAAGAAGGCUCGUGUCGAGUCUGUAAGCUCAGCAUCUGAAACAGAGAAGUAUUUGACGCCGGACACUAGAAGAAACGCAGAGGGUGGCAUCUCCAGCCACAGCCUUACUCAAAUGGGUAACGCAACUUCCCAGUUUGGUAGAAACUUUGUGGCUGGUGGUGCUGGUGAAGCUGGCCCCUCCCAGUCUGAAGGGAAAGCGGUAGACCCGAGGAAUUGGGCCACCACUGGUCUCAACGAAACAGACCUCGAUGUUGAACAACAGCGCGCUGCACUCGAGAAUUGGAAUACUAUUAGAGAAGUACAACUAUCUAAUAAAUCCACCGGUCCCGGGUCACUAGACUCCGAACCUCGAAGUGAUGGGGUUGUUGAGCCCAACAACUCCAUACACAAACGUAUUCGGGCAUUGAAAGCCCUAACGGCUCGCUUGGAGGCUGAAUUAGAAGAAGAAAAGCCGCAAGUGGCUGAUCACUCACCUAACCAGCCACCCCCUUCCAAGAAGAAGAAGCAGGAGUCUAAGACCAUUCUUCCCGAGCCCAAGAGCAAGGGGAAAGCAUCGAACCACCCUCCCCGCACAAGGGGGAGCAAAGGGCUGAGACCUGUCAAUCAAGUGCACCCUAGAAGCACGAUUGGCCACUCACCGGGAUCACCGGAUGAUUCUUCUGACGACUCGGACUCAUCCAGUUCGUCAUUUUCAUCACGUCACAGUACCCCUGGCCUUUUGGUACUGAGCUCCUCGGAGUCUUUGGAUAGCGAGAGUUCAUCCGGGGAAUCAGACGCCCCACCCAAGCACGGCCUAGGAGCUCGGCACGUGAAGGUGAAGGGGAAAAGUCCUAAUUCAGCAAAAGGUACUAAAAAGAAAGAGAAGCAGUCUCACAAGACGCUUCUUAAACCGCAUCCGCCUGCUAAGUACGAUGGGACGGCGGACGUGUGUCGCUUCAAUAAGUUCAUGGCCGAAGCGAUCGCGUACGUCGAGGAUGGACGCCUCGAAAAAUCCAAACACGCUAGGUACAUCGCCUACUUCCUAGAGGGAAAGGCUUAUGAUUAUUAUCAUAAUACUUUGGCUGGCAGCAGCCUGGACCUUGAUGAAUUCCUCAAGGGAUUGUUCGACUACUGUUUCCCCAUCAAUUUCAGGGACCAGUUGCCAACGAAGCUAAAUAGGUGCUAUCAGGACAACCGCUCGGUCAAAGAAUACAUUUUUGAACUUACUGAGCUGCUGAGCAUGAUUGGCACUUAUAGCCGGCAAGAAAAAGUCGUCAAGCUCUGGAAAGGACUGAGUAAACCAAUCCAAGCGAAACUAUGGGAGCAGGAACUUGAUCCUGACUUCACCCCAUGGAAGACCGUGGCACAGUGGGCCAAGCGAAUAGAGGUAUCACUUGCCACAAGCAGCGCCGUUCGGGAUACUGCUAGACACUACAAAAGUAAGCCUGCAGGUUCCAAGAAUCAGAACGCACCUUCUCAUUCCCAGCCUCUGUCAUCUGACGGGAACAGAAAUGGAUUUGGCAAGCCUUCCCCCCAGGGCAGGAAGCCAUAUGCCCAAUCUGGUAAGGGUGCUUCCCAUUCGGGAGGUGGCCGAGACCGGAGUGGCAACUGUUCAACAAACAAAUCACACAUGAGUGAAAAGGAAAAGGAGGUGCUCCGAGUGGCAGGGAAGAACUGCCCCAAGGGGUAUGCGGUUCGGCAGAAACAGUCAGAUAGAUCCCCGGGGCUGGAUAACUUCAAUGCUAAUAUUGAUCUAUCCAAAACCGAACAACUACAAGACUUAGCUGAUACCACAGAGAUGAUAGACACAAUUACCGUGGGGCAGAUCGAUCUCUUCCCUAAUGAUCGACCGUCCAAAGUCAACCACCCUCGGCCCAGGCAGAAUCCCAAGGCUCUGAUUGGGGAUCCCCAUAUCCCUCGGGGUACCCCUGUCAAGGGGACCAGGCCUCGUAAGCAGAGAAGGGAAAGGAGAGCUCCCCCUCAUAAACUGCUGAAGGACAAACGGUGGCUCUGGAACAGAGACCCGUUAGCAGUGCGAGCGGAGAGUCUACUUAUGCAAGGAGCACCCUAUCCGGGCAAUAAGGGUCUCUGUAACCACGAGGCUGAACUGUGUAUUUAUUCGUCAGAUAGAUUCCACGUAAGGAGUCUGCGUGACGGGACUUACACAAUUGUUGAUGACUUGGUCUGGGGCCAUGCCGAAAUACCUGGCGAGAUGUUGGCGGACCCGGACUUCAAUCUGGUACAGUGGUAUCGACAAGCGCUCCGGCACUCUCUACCACAGAGUAUAUUGACGGGGAGCAACACAACACUCAGCCAAUAUGUAGAACCUAUGGGACCAGCCAUAGCCAACCAUGUGUCAGCCAUAUUGGAGUCAGAUGCACCAUACUAUGGCGACAAUAAUCAGCGCCGCCAUUCUUCAUCCCGUUUCACUUGUCACCUGGAUGAUGAUGAAGUUAUUAUUUAUGACAGGGAAUGGAUGUAUAUCACCCAGCUACCAGGGCAACAUGCAUUAAACCCAAAAUUCAACUUACCGCACUGGUAUGACUUACACCUUCGAGCCGCAUUAAAUGACCUUCGGCGACGUGUCAUGGAGGGAGGCAACCAAGAGUGGUGUCUCCCUGAGCUAUUCGAGUCUGAUACAAGAAAACAUGAAUUCACGUGCAUCUUGAAUGACUACAAGGAUUCUUUCACUCACCUCACUUCACCAAAUCGAGUAAAGUGUAGUGAUGAGGAGGAUGUGUUCUGCAUCACCAAGCUUAACAGGGUUCAAGUAAAACCGAAUGCUUACCCCAACAUUCAAAGGAAUGCGGCAGUCACUAGGGACUUUAAAAGAUUAAUUCCCAAACCACUGGUGGUUGUAGUGAACAUCAAAUGGUCAUCCAGCCAAGGCCCUAUUGGACUCGGCUUCGAGUCUCGAAGAUCGAUUUGGAGAAACCCUUACCGGUGCAGCUCGCUGUUCAGGGCUCGCGCUCCAAAGUCAACUGAGAUCGUACAAGCUCACUGGGAUCAUCAUCGUCGGCCCCUGGACUACUCCCAAGACGCGGAUCCAAUCUUCCUGGUCACGGAUGCAUCGCAUGGAGGACUGGCUGGGGUCAUCAGUCAGGGCCGGGACUUUAAAUCAGCCCAUGUCGCUGUGUUCCACUCUGCCAAGAUGAAUACUUCUCAGCUCAACUAUGCAGUUCACGAAUAG